AUGAAUAUAAUUAAAUAAAUUAACCAAAAAGGAAUCAGACUUCAUUCAAAAUGGCAGGAGGCUAAUGAAAGAAUUACCCAAUACAUAAAAUUAUCGAAGAAGCAAUAAUAAUUGCCAAUAUUCUUCUAAUGUAUUUCAAUUCUAUAUUAUAUUUAGGUAUAUUUUUAUUAAUUAGAAUAUUCUAUUGGUUUAUAAUUGAGAUGAAUUAACCAGGAAAAGAAAUAAUGAUGAGAAAUUAGGCCAAAAAGAUGAAUGAUAACUUGUAUAGAGAUUUAUUAGAUUACUCAGAUAAAGAAUUAAUUAAAACACCGUAAGAUGCUUUUAUUUUAAUAGCAAAAAGUAAAAGAAAUUAAUAAUAUAUAGGCUAUGCUUUAUCUGAAGAAAAUAAGUUUCAAGAAGCAAUUGAGUUAUGCGAGAAGGUUUUUGAGAGAAGAACCUUUUUAUCGACACGCUUUGUAUAACAGAUGUAAUUGUUUAUAUUAAAAAGCAGGCGAUUUAUAUAAAGAAACUACUAAUUCAAAUUGUAAUUGGUUUGAGUCAAUAUUCAUCAGCAAUUUCAAGUCUAGGUAUAGCUCUAAAACAUAAUUCAUAGUACAGUAUUGGUUGUAGUUUAAAAGGUAUUUACAAAGUUAUUAUUUUGGGUUUUGCUUUAAAACAUAACAAUGUUGAUUAAUAGAAGGAUAGAUAAUCUUUAUAAAUACGAUGAUACAAUUUUUUGUUAUGAUAAGGCAAUUCAAAUAGAUCUAAUUUUUUGCCACUGCCUAUUUUAAUAAAGGUUUGUAAUUUCUUGGUUGUAUUAGGUGAUAUAUUAAAAAAUAUCGGGAAAUACUCAUUAGCAAUAAAGAAUUACGAGCAGGCAAUUCAGUAUUGUAAACCAGAAGAGAAUGAAUUUAAGCGUUUUCAAUUAUGAAAUAAAAAAAUAAAAAAUGAACAUUUUCAUUUCAGUUAUAUAAUAAAUAUCUGAUUCUAUUCGAUAUUUGAAAAUUCAUAAUAGUUAAUAGUGUGAUUGUGAUACUUUAAUGUUUUAGAUAAAAACUAGAUUAACUGUCUUGCUUUCAAACUCACUAAUGAUUGUAUUGAAUGAAAAUCUCAUCAAAGACAAUACCAUAUGAAAGCCCAAAAGCAUUA